CCACUUGUGCUUCCUCCCACUCCCACACCAUGUCAGUCAACACGGAAGAGCACGGCAGCAAGGCCUUUGCGCUGCUUCGGGGCGAGAAGCUCCUCACGCCCGGGUACGCGGCCGAGGUGGAGCUCCGCGUGCCAGCCACCAUUGAGGGGCCGAAGCGCGUCGAGAAUGCCGCGGGUCUGAUCUGGAUCACGAGUGAGCGGUUUGUCGUCAUCUCGCAGGCGCCCCAGUCCGACUCGCAGAUGCGCGUGUACGACCGCCCGCCGACGCUGAGCUCGUUGGUGGUGCCGUACGCCACAAUCAAGUCCAACGACUUCUCCGUGCCCCUCUUCUCAGCCAACCACCUCCUCGUGUCCUUCGUCCCGGACGGCACCCCGACCUCAGGGCUGCCGUCCCCCGGCCGCGGCGGCGUCAUCACGGCCAAGCUCGUCGUCGGCGACGGGCAGGCGCAUGCCGUGUGGAAGCGUAUCGAGGCGGAGCGCGCCGCGAGCGCCGAGCGCAAGAGGCAUGAAGAGGCGCUGCGUGGCGCUAUACACCCCCCGAGCUGACGGCGACGCGCCGCCACCUGCGUAAGAGGAAGGCCACCCACACACCACUAGACCUUGUGCCACGGUGCCACGCCGCACACACGCAGCACGCAACGCGCACCCACACAAACAUAUUGUACAUGAGACGGAUGUAUGUACAGUAGAC